AUGGCACCUACUACAGUACGGGUAUCCGCUGCAGCUGCGGUUUCUACUAAAUCCAAACCAGACAAUGUUGUUGUUACUGAUCUUUUGGAUUUCUCCUCUCCAGCUAGUCCAUCGAACCAGGCUAAUGGUGACCAUUCUUUGGUUGGAGAUCUGUCGUCUUUGUCUAUUACGAAUGAUCAGAAUAUUCCCGCGAGCAAGUCGUCAGACCUUGACGAUAUGUUUGGCUCAUUCACAUCCGCUCCUGUAAUUGAGACCGUUUCUACUAGUACAGCAGCGGAUCAGCCUUCUCCUACUGGGUCCAACAAACAACCUAUAUCUACCUCACAAGCUAGUGGUGACCUCAUGUCGCUGUCUUCUGGUGGAAUGAAUGGAGAAAAGAAGUCCACGGCUGAUAUUUUAUCACUCUUUGGUGACCAGACAAAGAAUCCUGUCCAUCCCAUUAUGCCUGUUGGAGGUUUUGCAGCUUUUGGCCUACAAGCAGCGCCUCCACAACCUCAGCAUCAACAGCAGACCUCAACUGCAGAUUUGCUGGGAGCCCCUACCACAGGAACAACGAUAGGGACAAUACCUAUGGCAGUUCCUGCUAUGAAUACUGCGCCAAUGGUAGCUCCAGCCAUGAUUAAUGUGCCCAUGGGAGCGCAGAUGGGCUUACCACCAAUGACUUUGGGUGGACCGCCCAUGCCCGGAAUGACGUUUCCACCUAUGCAGCCAUUCGGAUUUCCGAAUCCAUUUGAGCAAAACGCAGCGAUGGGGCUUCAAGGUUUGCAAAUGGGAAUGGUUGGGACGUCAGCACCAGCUAUAACUACUACUCCAACUGCGCAACCACAAUCACCAACUGCGCAGUCGGCAUACUCAUCUCGAGCUAACAAUGCAUUUGCUGAUCUUUCUAUUGGAAAA